AUGUGUCCUGAUGAAGAGCUGGGCCUCCUCCCCAGCUUUACUGUGGCCCUCCAACCACCUGAAACUACAGGACCUCCGGGAAAGCGAGGAAGAAGAGGCCGCAACGGAGAAAAUGGACCUCCUGGCACUCCAGGUCCCAAGGGUGAAAAGGGGGAUCAAGGCGACCAGGGACCACGGGGGUUGCCUGGUCUCCCCACGCUGGCUGCUUUGCACAGCAAUCAGAUCCUGACUGUCAAGGGAGAUCAGGGGCAAGCUGGACCACCGGGGCCUCCGGGGCCACCGGGUCCUCCGGGGCCAAGGGGGCCUCCAGGGGACACGGGGAAAGACGGACCCAGAGGUGUACCUGGUCUAGCAGGAGAUCCAGGGACGCCUGGAGAAAUAGGAAUUAUCGGACCCGAGGGGCCACCAGGGCAGAAGGGUUUUCUCGGGCCUGCUGGAAAUCCAGGUGUUGAUGGACUGAAGGGGGAUGUUGGCAUCCCAGGAGUGGACGGAGUCCCCGGAGCUAAGGGUGAAAUGGGAGAGCGAGGUGAAAAGGGCGAUUUGGGCGAAGAUGGAACGAAAGGUGAUAUAGGGGAGAAGGGAGAUGCAGGCUCCUCUGCAGCUGGCAUCAAGGGAGAACCUGGAGAGUCUGGACGAGGUGGAACAAAGGGAGAGCCAGGACUUCCAGGGCUGCCUGGACUCCCAGGGAUAAAGGGUGAGCCCGGAUACCUCGGGCCCCAGGGAGAGCCAGGGCUCCCAGGACUCCCAGGAACUAAGGGUGAUAGAGGCGACCACGGGCCACAAGGAAAGGGAGAAAGAGGAGAAAUUGGACCCUUGGGACCAAAGGGUUCCCAAGGAGAGGGGGGUACACCUGGUACUAAAGGGGCAAAGGGGGAAUAUGGAGAUAACGGAAUCACGGGAUCUGUUGGCCCGAAGGGCCCCCCCGGGCAGAAAGGAGACCAAGGAGCCACAGAAAUCGUCGACUACAAUGGAAACAUUCAGGAGGCUUUACAGAAGAUUACCACUAUUACAGUAACGGGUCCACCUGGACCGCCCGGGCCCAUCGGACCGGAGGGGGCAAAGGGGAUCGUGGGAUGCAUGGCUUGCCCGGACUCGAUGGGGAAAGAGGCUACAAAGGCUCUAAAGGAGACAUGGGGAUGCCCGGAGCUUCAGGGGACAAAGGAGGAACUGGUUUAACUGGCCUACCUGGUGUGAACGGGAUGAGAGGAGACAAGGGAGACGCAGGUCUGCCUGGUCUUCAAGGUUCUUCAAUCAUCGGCACCCCAGGGCCAUCA